CUUUUCUCUUCCUAGUGUAAACAGAAAGGGCACCUUUCAGUAAUUCAGAUAACAUUUUUGUUGUGUAUUUAGUAAUAUAACAUGGGAGCUCGAGCAUCUAUACAGCUGCAAGACGAGGAGAUUGAAGAAAUACAAAAUGAAACAGGAUUUUCCAGAAACCAAAUUAUCCGAUUAUAUAGCCGCUUUGAAAGUUUAGACAAAAGUGGAAAUGGAUUUCUUAGUCGAGAAGAUUUCCUUAGAAUUCCAGAGUUAGCCAUCAAUCCACUUGGUGACAGAAUAGUGCAUUCUUUCUUCCAAGAAAGCAAUGAUGAGACAGUAAAUUUCAGGCAGUUUAUACAUGUACUGGCUAGAUUUAGACCUACAAAAGUUAAAAUCAGUAAGAAUAAGCUGAAUACCAGGGAAGAAAAAUUAAGAUUUGCCUUUAGAAUGUAUGAUUUAGAUGGUGAUGAUAAGAUAUCUAGAGAUGAAUUAUUAGCAGUUUUACAUAUGAUGGUUGGAGCAAAUAUAUCAGAAGAUCAACUAGGAAGUAUAGCAGAUAGAACAAUACAUGAAGCAGAUACAGAUGGUGAUAAACAGAUCUCUUUUGAUGAAUUUAAACAGGCAAUGGAAAAAGUAGAUGUAGAACAGAAAAUGAGUAUAAGGUUCCUGAACUGAUUAGAUAUAAUAACUGUUCUUUGACAAUAGUAAAAUGACUACAAUAGGAGAGAUAGAUUGUUCUAUAUUCUGAAUAUACAUGAUGGAUAUUUACAUGUGAUAAAAAAGAAUAACCUGUCUCUAAAGUAUCCAAAUCUUUGGUCAUGACUUUUAUCCCACCUUUGUUUGGUAUAACAUAUCAUAUGGAUUUACCAGCAUAAACAGCUUACCCUGGAUUCAUCUAUUUAAAGUGUCUACCGAUUUUGCUUGAUUUGUGUGGCUACUUGAUUAUAAAAUAAAUCCACAAUACUGUGGGAACCAUUUUUUAUCAAUUUGGGGAAAAUUUCAAUUUUGUGGAUAUUUCAUUUUUUGGUUUUUCAAAGUCUGUAUGCUAUCCUAAAAGAAGUUUAUACUUCCUUGAACAUUUAAAUUUGUGGUUUUGCUAUUCCCAAGAGAUCAAAGAAAAUUGAUAUUCCAACAAUGAUAAUGAAUCCUCGGUAUAUAAAAUUGUAUCCAUAUCAUCAGUUUUUUUCAAACUCAUAUUAUAACAUAUAUGCAUUUGAAAGAUAAUCAGAUUACUUAUUAUGGUAUUUAUUUACUAUGAGGGAAUAAAAUUAUGGUAUUUCUUUACUAUGAGGGAAUAAAAUUAUGGUAUUUCUUUACUAUGAGGGAAUAAAGUUAUGGUAUUUCUUUACUAUGAGGAAAUAAAUUGAGUACUUUUUUAAUUAUUAUUGCUAAAAUACAGAAGCAUAAAUUUGAAGAUGAUUGUGUUCUAAUUAAUUGAUCUGCUUUUGAUUUUUUGUAUUGUGUAUAUCAUAAAUUGCAUAUUUAUAAAAUGAAAUAUGAUUUUAUUUGACCUUUGGAAAAAAAAGUUUUACAGCACGAACCGUACAAGUGUUAAUCUUUUUUCUUGCAAAUUGUCAUUUCUAUUCGGAUAUCUUUCAGCUUUUAAAAAUUUGUUAGUUGUUGAAAUCAAAAUGGCAAAGGUUGAAGUCUGUUGAAUUUAAUGUAAAUAACAUAAACUGAGCAGUUCCAAUUUUGACACCUAACAAUUCUUUAAAAGCCCUGUAAACGUUUAAAUAGAAUUGACCACUAUCAAGAACAUUUGAAAACACAGGAAAAAUUUAUAUAUAGGGUUUUUUUUUUUCCCUUUUUUUUUUUUGGCUGAAUCUUUAUUGUAAAUAUAAACAUUGGUGCUUGCUUGAUAUGACAUUGUUAUUAUUUAUACAUGUAUUUAUAAAGGUUGCUAUUAUAUCAUUAAUUUUUUUUAAUUUAUAGAUCAUUUAUGUAAUACAUGAAUAACUUUUCAAACCUACUCACAUUCUGCAUAUAUUUCAACAUUCCAAAAUAUUUUAAUAAGAUUCUAAUAAUAUAUUGAUUUUAUUACUUACUAAAAUUCAUUAUGUGCUAAGAUAAUAGCCAAAGUUGGUUAAAUACUUGAAGACACUUUAUAAAGUAAAUUGAGGGGGAAAAAACACUUUAAUGUAUUAUUUGCAUUUUGAUAAAGAAAAAGGACAGUUUGAUUUAAUUUUUUCUUUAAGUAUUUAUAAGUAUUGCAUUAGUGAUCACGAAAGGUUGUAUUGAGUAUUUGUAUGCAAAAUGAAAUCUCAACUUGGCCUAAAAAGGGAUUUUUAUCAGUAUGUAUAGAAAAAAGAUAUAUGCUAUGUGUAUAUACUAAAACAUUUGAAACAAUGAGAGAAAAGCCAUAUGUGUUGCAAUACUUUCACACAUUUUCGAUAUGCAUUGCAACAUGCAUUGUGGAUAAUAUUUUGCUUUUGUUAGUUCUUACACUAAAGAUGACGUGAACUGUAGUAGCUUUUCACAGAAUGAAAGAAACAUGAAAAUAUUAACAAAGAUUGGGUUUUAGAGUGAUCUUUGUAAAAGCAAUUUAUGUAAACCAUGGAUAUACACCUUAUCACUAUUUAGUCCAUUCUGGAAAAAAACAGUCAUUUAUUCAACUUCCUGUUUGAUAAAGUAUUACAAACACAAAGGUCAUCAGUACUGAGCUGGGAGAGGAAAAAGUUUGAUAAUUUAUUGUUCAUUUUUUUAAAAACAAACUAAAGUUUUAAAAAUGCUUUGUUUGCAGUGUUUACCGUGAUUUAAACAUGUUUUUUUUUUUAAUUUUAUGCACAAUACAUUGUUUAAACAGGGCCCCAGUUAGCUUCAACUGGAUGAAAAAGCUAUGUAAUUUCAGACUUGUAUGGUUUGGAAUAAAUAGCGAUAAGGUGUAUUGGUACCCAUAACUCAUAUUUUAAAUGGAAUAAUAUUUUAUUUGGUAUUAUAGAGAAAGAAUUUCUAGAAUCUAGUCUUUCAUAUGUUGUAUAAUUUGAAUAAUCAGAAUCAUGUGUAAACAGUGAUUUUUUUUUUUAAUUUAUAGCAAUUUUAGUUAUCUUUGUAUCAGUUUAGGUGAAAGAAAUGAGUGUGGUGAUCUUGGUUUUAAAUGAAGAUGCUAUUUGUUAUAUCAUUGUUAUCGAUUGAUGUUAUUUUUUAAAUAUGGUAAUUUAAAGAUUUUUUUAGCAUCUUUGAAUAUGCCAGAUGCUUGAUUUAAUAAUUUUUAAAACUUCUUGACAAUUUGUAUUUGUUAUUUUUGUUAUUUGCAUUUUUAACCAAUAAUUGAAAAGAAAAUACAAGAGAAUAACAAAUUGCAAGUCCAUUUGGUUUUUGUUUUUCAUGAAAUAAUAUCAGUUCAUUUAAAAUCUCACCUCUGUUUUUCUGUGAAAAUGCUUCAUAUGUGAGAUAAUUCUUGAACAAUUUCAGUUAUGAUUUAUGUAAAGGAUUUGUGCAAAUUCAUUUCAGAAGAGGAUAUUUUAUUACGACCACUGUACUGUAUACAAAAUUUUCUUCUAAUCAGGAGCUAUUUAAAAAAAAACUGUUCCUGUCAAAAUCAAAAUUUCCCAUGUAAGACAGCUUGGCUCAAGCUUGACAUAUUACUUUACUUACGUAUUUCGACAGUGUAUCACAUACAAGAAAAUUUGUAUAUAAAAGAGAGGUUUUCAUCAUCGAAUAAAGACAUUUCUAGUCAAGUCAUAUGACAAGUUUACUGGUACAUGCUUUGUUUUGAAAUGGUGUGGUUCAUCCAGAAUAAAGUGCUGUCAUAAAUAAUUGGAAAAAAUAAAGUAUCAUUUUGAGAAAUUAUUCAGUUCAAAAUUAACAGUAGGAAAAUAAGUCUGCAAGAACAAAGGAAAUUUAAAUGUAUUCCUAAUACCAGGAAUCUAUCUAUAAGAGAACAAUUUAGGCCCUUAAUAAUAAUAAAUAGUUAAAAGUGAGUUAGAAUAUGUAUAAUUUAAAAGGAUUUAUAUAGAGUAUUAAAAAAUAUAUACACUGGAUGUAGCACAUAAUCAUGUUGUUAAAAGAGUAUUUGAGAUAAAGCAUAUCAUUAAAAUUGUUUUACUGCAA